UAUCACUAAGCUGGGCUUAAUCUGACAAAAUUGCUAUUAGACCAUGUCAACUAGAUCAACCACCAGCAAAAGGAGUUAAUAUAAAACCUUGUUAAAAAUGUUUAAAAUUGAAUCGUACAUUACCCCAAUUAUUUUGAGCUAUGUCGAAAAGUACGUUAAAAACAUCCGUCCGGAGGACUCACAGGUUUCCCUGUGGGGCGGGGAAGUGGUGUUCCAGAAUUUGGAUCUAAAAUUAGACGUUCUGGAGGAGGAACUUUCACUGCCGUUCCAGUUUCUGUCCGGACAUAUUCAUGAACUAGCUAUUCGAGUUCCAUGGACGAAGAUAGCAUCGGAGCCAAUAGCAAUCACAAUCAACACAAUUGAAUUCGUUCUUAAACUGCAAGAACCAGGAAACCGUAGUGUUCCCCGGAAGGAUUCUACCAGAAGAAAACAGCACACUGACGAAACACCUCCGCCAGGUUAUAUGGCUUCUCUGAUUAAUAAAAUAGCCAACAAUGUGUCGAUUAGAUGUCACAAUGUAAUCCUGAAGUACGUGGAAGAAGACAUUGUUGUUUCAAUGAAUAUCCAGCAAUUGUCGAUGGAAUCAGCCAACAGUAAUUGGCUUCCGGCUUUUAUUGACAUUUCUCCUACCAGGAUUUCUCUACGAAAAUUGAUAAACAUUGUCGAUUUAACAAUUUGCUUGGAUAAGCGAAACUCGGCCGGUAAAAUUGAAAUGUGUCAAGAACCUGUACUGUAUAGAAGUACGCUGCAAGCGCGUGUACUGAUGAAGUACAACAACGCCUCGACACAAGACAAAUCAUCUAUCACAAGAAUUGACGUACACAGCAAGUUUCUGGAUUUUAACGUUUCAUCGCAACAAUUUCCUAUGCUGAUGCGAUUAUUCGAACUAGGAAUGGCGCUAAAGCAGGGUAAAAUUAAAAGUGAAAUUUCUCUUGGCCAAGAAUCCAGCACGGAAGGCGAGAACGACACGGGACAAGAAUCGUUGCUUUCAUGGGCCUGGAAUUUACUACCUUCGUUUUUUCCGGAGGAAAAUGAAUCUGAUCACACCGACGAUCAUGAAUUUCAUGUUUUUCAUUCUGGUUGUUACGUGGAUAGAUUGAGAAUGAUCUUCAAGACACAAGAGCUGAUUGGUGAUAGCAUGGUUGGAACCGCUCGAAAGAUCAAAUAUAAUCCAUUUCUUCAAUUAGACUUACAUGAUGUAUAUGGAGAGGUCGUAAUGUGUGGUUUGAAAUGGUUUAACUUCAGAGGAGGAAUAGCCAAAACAGGACUUCGCUCGCUUGAAGACUGUCCCUGUGGACACCCAUUAACGGUUGAAAAUAUUUUUUUAAGUGAGUCAGGUGAUGUGCAGGAUAACCAACACAUCAAAGGUUCCUUCUUCGAUGGUGGUUCGAGUGAAUGCAAAAAGUACAAUGUCAAUUGGAGCUACCACCUAGGCACGUACAGUCAAGAUGUUUUGUUAGCCAGAUCUCCAGCCAUUUCGUUAGACGUCGUGCAUGAGGUGCAAGUACCCGAUGACCGUAGGACUUCUGAAUUCGGAAGUGAUUUGGAAUUCAGCAAUUUAUCAGAGAAGUAUAUGAUUCGGGCUUUCCUAGGAAAGUUUUGCAUUAAAAUAAGUGCAGACACUCUACAUCGAAUGACAACCUUGAUAUCCUACAGGAAUGCUUAUGAGUAUUCUCCAUAUUACGAGGAUAAACCUAUUCCGAGUAUACAGCAACUUCCCCCACCUUCGGCUGAAGAUUAUGAUGCACUGAUGAGUGAAAUCCCGUUGAAACAAAUGCAUAUUACGAUUAUAACACCACGUGUAGAUCUACACCCGCUUGAUCAUAGCAAGCUUCAGCCAGGUAGAAAACGUAGUUCGAGUAAAGGUACGCACAAUCCUUCCAGCGCAAUAGCUUCUAUUGAGUUCAACCGCAUAGAGUACAACAUUCUGACUCCACUCUACCCUAACCGACUCAUUUUUACCACCUGCCAGCUUCCAGAACCGCCAUCUAAGCUAUUCGAUAGUUGUUUCCGAGCCGUAUCUGGUAAUUUAGAAAGAAUGCAAGCAAAGCUUCUAUACAACGAUUCGGAAAUCAUCUUUGCUACAGCCAUCAACUUGAACCAACAGCAUCGGAAUCUAAUUUACCCAGAAUUAUGGCCAAACAUUGAGUUGAACAAAACCGAACACAACCUCGGCAUCUCAGAUGUGAAACUGAUUCUUAAUCCACAUCAACUUCUGGCAGUUUAUUCUAUCGGGCUAUCGUUAUUGAAUCAAUCCCCUAGCUUUUAUCUAUCUCUGGAUUUCCUGUCAGCCAUACGUUCGCCUACUGCUCCUACGUUGGACCUCUCUAUAUCAAGGGCCCAUCUUCGUCAAAUUUUUUGCGAGAGAACUGUUUGCUACAAGUUAACAGCCCGAAGUCUACGCUGUUUAUCCUACACUCCGGCAACUGCAGACACCCAACGUUCUCUAACGGCUCUUUGGCCAGAUCAUCCCACAGAAGAAGACUUCCUCACCGUAAUCGUUCAGCUGCCCGUUAAUCGGAUUCUGCAAAACCUCGAACAUCCUCCACUGUUCUAUGGUCGGUUCCUGGAUUUAAGUCUCAACAUGGACCCUAUUUUGUAUGACUAUCUACGCAUACUAUCGCAGCAACUUGCUGUAUUAGAAAGCGAUGACCAUUUAACGCGCGGCCAUAUUCGCCAUUCCUUCAGUCCACGCAAAUCCUCGGAACGGUUACUGCCCCCGAAAAAGAGUCAUUCGCAGCCGAUCACGUCGGUACACUCAAGCUCGGAUAAAGUAGAUACGCCAGCCAUAGCAGUGGGGCCGGCAGCAUCAGGACUACCGGCCGUUCGACCCAGUUCUACCGUCCUAGAAGACGAUACCGAGCGGAACCCGACUCAAAACGAGCCUGGUGUUGAUUUGGAGUUUUGGCGACAGCUAACCCGCCGAAUCAUAUUUCACUUGGAGUUUUGCCACUGUACGGUGUAUUUUCCGGAGAAAAGUAUCGUACAGGAAUCGGGGUACCAACAGUACAAACCGAACGAAGAAUUUGGCGACAACGAGAUCGUGAUGAUAAAACUCCCUCUGAUCACCGUUAAUUCAGCAUUCAAAUCGACUAGCCUAUCGGCCGGUAUGUGUCGCUUCCCAAUCAGUCUUGCUAAGUCGGUAUGGCCGGACGAUCGUGAAAGUUUCCCGUGGACCGUGUCACUGGCCGAUACAUCUAGCUGGACUUACCAGGACCGACGGAUGAACAAACUUCUCGACGAAACGACCACGAAUAUUUCGCUAGUGUUAAAUUUUAAAGAUGAUGGCAUCGCUUCUUCGACCUGUUUUCACGUGGACACUUCUCCACUGAAGGUGAAUCUAUGCAAGGAUCAACUGCGGCUGCUCAGUUCUACUCUGAGUAGAAUACUUUCGCUCCCGAUGUUUGAGCGCGCUAAGGAACGUGGUAGCAAAGAAGAACCGCAGUUGCUGGAAAUUUCGCAGAAAUCCGGCGGAACGACGACUGCUACCGAUUUGAGGGAUUUUAUGGAUAUUACACACAAUUCGAGUGUAACUUCAGAUGAAACACUGAAAGAAGGAUGCAAGAAAGGUACCACACCAAUAUCAGUUUGGUUACAAUGGACAUUUUCCAAAGUUACGGUAAAUUGUAUCGCAAAAGAUGAUAGUGGUCAACCAAAAGUGAAACUUAUAGUCGAACUUGAAGACAUCAUUUACAGUUUGGAUAUGCAGGACGUAUACAUGCAGCUCAAAGCGAAGAUUGGUGGUAUGAGUGGUCAGUGUUAUGAGUUCCUUACUGAGAAAGCAAGUUGGAUAAAGAAUGAAGCUCUAGCACUAACUGUUCAAACAGAACUGAGCGGGUCGAGUAAAUCCGGGAAUGAUGCAUUUCUGAAUCUAACGAUCACCAAAGCAGAGACGACUAACGUUCACACGAAAUGGGACACGAUUAGAAAGAAUCGAGAACAGAAUGAUACUUUAAUCGAGGUGAUUUUAAAGAUUGAACAAAUUGACUUGAGACUUGACCUCGAUCUGAUUGAAACUUGUGCAGAAGUUUUAACUAUAUUCUGUCCUAAAGAUAACGUUGAAGCCCCACAAACUGUAUUUGGAGUGAAAGACCUUCCGCUAAUUUUGUUUACUAGUAAAGGCUUGCGGUUAUUUGUUCCAGCACGAGAAUCCACAAAAACGAGCAACGCAUAUAUAUUUACUAUCAGCUCGAUCACAAUGCACCACAAUGUGGAAAAUCCACUUUGCCGGGUGCCGCUCCGUCCUGACGUUUACACGAAGGCAGCACAAAUGAGGAUUCUUAACGUGCCCGGAUCUAAGAUCGAGGACCGACAGUAUGAACUGGUGAUGAAAGACAUUUCUCUCAGUACAGCUAAUUGGUCAGAUAUCGUAGCAUACAUCGAAAGCCAGACAUCAACAUCCGCGCAUCACGAUAAUCCGGCAUUUGAAUGGAAUAAUUUGCAAGACGUUCAACGAUCAACCGAUUUUGACCUCAAUACAAUUUUCAAAGAAUUCAACUUCUCUGUUAUCUACGCACCAUGUAUCAUAUACAAAAACGUCCUCAUCUGUGGCCAAGCAAUGGAGCUCAACUGCAUGUCCGAUCUUUUGAUGGAUUUAAACCUCGAUCAGUUACAGCUGGCUGGUCAAGUAUCACGGAAGAUGAUAAACAUUGUUCAAAUAAUACUGCCACCAGCUCAAUCUGUACCAUCGCCACAAAGCAGCGUCGUGGAUUUCAAUCCAUCUCUAUUCACAAGUCUUCCCAGUCAGGAUACAAUCAGCAUCGACUCCGUGAAAUCUUUGCGGGAGGCAGACCCCCCACGAGUUCGCCGGAGCUACUCAAAGUUAUCUAAAUGCGAAGAAGAUUCGGGUGUUGAAACUUUUAGAACUUCCGAUGUAAAACAAACUGUAGCAUCUAGCAGUAGACGUAACGGUGGGUGCUCACGCCAACGAAAACUCUCGACAAAAUCGAGUUCGGAGCAAUUAAAAAGUAUAACUGCUCCGGUGCCAAGCCCGCAAGUUAUUCCGUAUGAGGUUUGCUUCCUUGGCGGCUACUUUAAAGUCAAUCUUUACGAAAAUACAACCAGCAAAGAAGAUAAAUCCAAGACAUUAUUUCGAUGUGUAUUGGCUCAACCCAAUGGAUUGCUCUCGUUAAACCUGCUGGAACGAGUUGUUCAAAUCUCACUUUUUGACUUGAUCGUUGAAUUAGAUGGUUUAUCCCUGUUGAAGACACUUCCAGGAGAACCUGAUGGUUUGGGAAUACCACAGCCAAUCGUGAAAGUUCGAUUCGUUACUAGCUUUACUAAGAAAACCAAUGAACUGAGUGUUGAUUUUCGGCGACCUAUGAAACUAACAACCUCCCACCAGAAGAUGAAAGCGGUUCGAGAUUUACUGGAAGUACUGACAAGAACUGUCGGUGAUCCAACAGUAAAAGGUCAUUCUACCAACCGACACAGAAGGCUUCCCAGACCUAUCUUGAGCCGCAACAAAUUUAAAAUGAUCAAGUCGUAUAUGUACGACGUAGAGAAGGUCAGUGUAUGGCUUUCACAAGCAAUGAUACAUCUCCAGGAUGAAGACCAGAAUAGGUACGAUUGCAAGUUAUCAUUUUCUUCGAUUCAAUGCUCACUUCGAGUUCAAGAUCGGCCGGAGCGUAUGUCUUUCAACCUAGAGCUUAAGGAGCUAAUCGUUUGCCAAAGCUCUUUCGUAAUAUUGCAUCCUUUUUCGUUCAACUUACAAGCCUGCCUAACGCAAGAAUAUUGGAAACGAGAUCCACUAAUUCAGGCCAAAGUUAAAUCGGACUAUCUUCAGUUGGAUUUCAGUUCAAAAACUCUUCAUGAAAUCCAGCAAAUGGUGGCAUUGUUUGUAGAUAUGGUGGCUGUACUGGAAUGCGACAAUAUUGCAGCAAAAGCACCAGAAGUCAGUAGUACUAACAUGACACCCAGUAGGGAUAAUCUUAUUCAGAUUGCUGCGCCUGGUUUUUCACAAAAAGAAUUUAAAGGUACACAGGAGGAGCACUAUCAGGACGAUCUUCGUGCAGGAGCUUUUCAAUUUGUUGAGUCCACUAAAGCCAGCGAGCUGCCACUACCGUAUCAAAUUAAGAUCAUCAAUCGCGAAACCGGUAUCAUAUGUUGGCGAUAUCCACAACCUAGGGCGCUAUCUAAUGUGACAGUUUAUCCAGUGCCAAUGAACGCAUCCAAAGCUGUCAACAUCCGGUGCAAGCUCGAGUACUAUUCCGAAAUUUUCGGCGAAUUCUUCGAACUGUGCCAAUUUACGUUGUCCGAGAAUGAUAAGACUGACUUGCGGCUACCGUCGCGCAAAAUUGCUUCCGCCAUCUGGCGGAUCGAAAUGACUCAGAAUGUGAUCUAUGAAACUGCAGAGAAUGAAGAUGAAGAUCAGCUGAAUGAUAGCGAUAAUCUAACUGAGCCGGGCAAAUCACUGAUUUCUAAUAUUACCGAUGCAUUGAAGGACACUUACCUUUCCACAAGUCGGGUUGUUAGUCUUCCCUACCGGUUACAUCCGAAGAUUUUUGUUGCUUGCAUGCGUGUGGACUCGAUGUUCAAUUCUAACCUAGUUCCAAAUGUUGAGCUAGCUGUUGAAUUACAUCCAGUUCAAGUCAAUCUUUUCAAUAUUGUAGACUACAAUAUCGAAUCAAAUCUUCCAAAACCGUUCGAACGGUUUCACUUUUGCAAAGAAACACUCGAAUCGAGAAGUCACAAAUUUUUAAUGUUGAAUGCCAAUACAUUGAAGAUACAUACGGCCAUCUAUGAUAACUUUGACGUACAGCUGAGUGGAGAACUAAACCUUCUCUGCGAUUUGCUGGAUUAUAGUCAUUACACGUUCGAAAACGUGUUAGAUGUGGUAAAUAUAAAAACUAUAGCCACGAUUGAAGAGGAAGCAUUUGAUAUCAAGACAAUAUCCGAUGAUAUUUCGAUUCGUUGUGGACCUUCUGUUUUGUACAAUCUGCUGGUGGCAGAAAAGCUGUGGAAUUUUCCUCAUGAUUCAGUUUUACUAUACGGGAAAUACAUUGUUUGUAAUCAUACGCAUGUGGGUAUUAAAGUUGGUCAGCAUGGAACUGGAGAAUAUAUUUUUCUUGGCGUUGAAGAGCUAUGUCUUUAUGUGUUCAGAAGCUACCACCGGAAACAAUUACUGCAGAUCGUGUUCAAUGAAAACACAAAAGAUAUAGCCACUGAGCCUUUCCCGGUAGCUAAAGAAGGACUGUUUUACGUUAGAAUUCUUCCAGCGCACGAAGAAGAUGUCGAUGAUGAUAAGCUGUUCGUGGUUCGGAUCGAAAAUUUAAGCAACGCACAGAAACGAGUGUCCAUCGAGGGACAAAUCAAUUUUUUCAAUAUGACUAGUCAGAGAUUGAAAGUCCAAUAUCGGCUGCACAAAAUCAUACCGAAUAGCGAUAAGCACUACGUAACUACGAGCUUCUGUGUAGAUCAGAACUCAAACGUUAAUACGUUCGAGGCGGCGAACAGCAAAAUCCAACAAAGCAUUAAAAUCGCAAUCGAUGGCGAGAAAAAGGGUUGGUCCGGUGACAUUCCAAUGAGAGAGAUAAUGAAUGGUUUAAAACCGUAUCUGGUGAAGAUUCCAACUGGCAUGACUAAGGAAGGGUACCUCAGCUAUUGGGUGCGAAUUAUACGGGAAAAAAUCUGUGCUGCUAGUGAUGAAUCGACAGAAACUUUCAAUGAACGAGUACUGGUUAUAAUUUGGCCACUUUUUAUGGUCCAAUCAAUGCUGACUGUAAAUACGAUGGCUUACGAGGAACAAACUGAUCAAAGUCAUUCGGUUUAUGGUCAAGGCGAGCGACGUCAAUUCGUUUUGUCUGGUACAAACACUGACGAGCACGAGUUGCUUUUCCGAAUGAAUUUCAAUUCACCACAUGGAGAAGACAGACGGAAAGCUCUGCUAUCGUAUCGCCUGAUCGAAGGUCGAUCUUUCUUUCAAGUGCCGGAACGUUUCCGCAAAGUAGAGAGUGCAAUAGAAAUGCUACAAAAGAGCCAUAAACUACAUUGGCCUUGUUCGCGAGAGGAUGAGCUUCGGUGGAAACGAGAAAAUGCCAUUCAGGAAGCUACACUUCCGCUGUACCAUUGUGCAGCUGCUCAUGAGAUGUCCUGUUGUUUAAUGCUAAGUAUCGUUCCCUGGUGUCUGCUUAUAAACCAGCUUGGGUGUUCAAUACGCCUAAAGAAUUGCUCGACCGGCGAGAUGGAUAUAGUGGAACCCAAUAAUAUAGUGAUGCCCCAUUACAUGGAAGUUGGAUUCACGCUGGAACUGGAUAUCGAUAUCACACUACAAUCUUCGCUAAUUUACUUGACAGAAGAAUCGAGAAAACAAGCAGCUAACAGUUAUGUGUUACCUAUAGACGGAUCAAUUGACGUCACACUACGAUCGGAUGAUAAGGUGGCCCAUCUGAUUCUCACAUCAACUAUGGAAAAUAACAUCCGAGUGAUCAUCGUGGCUUCACAGUUCGUUGUUACUAAUUAUUCUAGCAUCGAUUUACAAUGCUGGUGUUUCGCCGUACUAACCAACGAACGACUGGAGCAGAUACGACAAGGCGAAAGUGGAUCUUGUUCGGCAAGCUUGAAACUACUCUGUAAUGAUCGAAAGUGUGAGAACCCCCAAGGUACCGCGCUCACCGUUUUCAGUAACCUAUCCAAGCACAAAAACAAGCUUAAAUUCAACAGUACCUACAACUACUACUUGACAGUAUAUCAGCAUGAUAGGAACGAAUUCUCUAGUCCGAUUUACCUCAACCGCGCUGUAUCGCGUAAAAGCAUAUGUGUGCAAUAUGAAGAUCGCUACACGGCACUGGCCCUUUCAAUCGUUGAGCACCGGGGCCAGCAGUACAUCUCCAUCUAUGACGACCCGUGUCCUUCGUUUGCCGUUGAGAACCGAACUGAUUUCAACAUUUACGUUGCCCAGUCAGAAUCGAUAAACGUCAAUAAAGCGGCGAAUGCGGUUACGGAAUGCACUGUAGAUACCAAUUUUGUGUGGUACCAGAUAGUAAGAUCUCGGCAAACCGUAUAUUAUACACCUCCAGCAGUGGAUUCGAUCUUUCCCGAAGCACAGGAAACUGAGGUUGCGCUGAUAUUUGCCUGUGUUAGUGGGAGUGCAAUCCGGUGGUCCUAUCCUGUUAAGAUUAAUGAAAACAAAAACAUUUUCUUAAAUAUACCGCUCUAUGGCGAUUUGAAAUUGGCUGUGAAUAUUAGAAACCGUACCACAGAGAUAGUAAUAGAUUACAUUAGCCAGGAACUUGAGUUUUCGGCAAAAGACAUCCGAACACGGUUGUCGAAUCCAGUGGCACUGCCAGCAGAUCAUGAUCCCUUGCUGAGGAGAAAAUCUGCACCAUGUAAUACACUGCCGAGCCCUUCAGUUAAAGGGCUCACAGCCAACCUUCCAUCCAAGCGCCUGUCUUUCCGAGGGUAUUUUGAGUCUCUCAACGUAAGUCUUUUUAAUGACCGAAAAGAUAAAUGCUGCUCAAAGGUGGAAUUGAUUUCGUUCAACUUUGAUCGCAUUGGCUUAGAAAUGAACAGUUGCGCUGAUGGCGGUAAAGCCAUGGUUCAAUUCGCCAACGUUCAGGUGGAUAAUGAAUUGCACAAUACAGGGGAAUACGAUUUUCCGGUGAUUCUGUGCAGUGAAGACCAUGAAACGAAAAAAAGCAAAGCGGCAGUGAUGCCCAGUCAGUUUACUCUCGAUGACCAUCUGGAAGAAUUAGCCAAACAUGCGCUGUGUUCAAUAUUUGUCGAAAUGGAAGUGGAUAACUGGACUAGCGUCGAAGGCUUGAGACUAAAGAUCAAUCCAAUCCGAGCAUACAUUGAGGAUACAUACAUAAACAUUCUGCUGGAUUACCUGAUGGAAUUCCUUCCGAUGAAUUUGCUAUUUCAACCGGAGCAAGCAGUGGAGCGUAUUAAAUGUCCUCCCGGACAAGUGUUGAUACCCAGGCUUGUAAUGCAUCAGUCUAGCUAUUUAGCAGAUCCAAUCAAAUUUCGAUACAUUCGUGUUGAGCCCCUGCACGUUCUGCUCUCUGUCCAUACCUGCAUGCGACUUUAUAUAGCAUUAGAUCACAGUCCGUUGGAUUUCUCUGCAUUCGAGCGUAAUCAUGUUCGUACGCUUCCUAUACGCUUCGGAAACUGCCUUGGCAUGCAUUAUCUUUCCGGUGCUAUCUUCGGUGGAGGUUGGGUCAUUGGAUCACUGGAAAUUCUUGGAAGUCCAAGCGGUUUAGCUAGAUCCGUUACGAGCGGUCUGCGUGACUUUGUGUCUUUGCCCAUGCAGGGACUAUUCAGAGGUCCCUGGGGAUUCCUAGUGGGCCUUACGCAAGGUUCUACUUCAUUGGUUCGUAACAUAACCGCAGGAACUGUGAAUUCCGUUACGAAAUUGGCUACUUCGGUCGCUCGUAAUCUUGAUAGAUUGACAUUAGACACAGAACACGUGCAGCGAACAGAUGCGUUACGACGACGCCGACCUCAAGGAAUGACCGAGGGUUUUACUCAAGGUUUAACAGGUUUAGGUAUAAGCCUUUUGGGCGCUGUGGGAGGUUUGGCACAUCAUCCAUUACAAGCUAGGCGCCCGAUCGAUGUGGUAACCGGUGUCGGUAAAGGUAUUGUCGGUGCACUCGCAAAACCCAUCAGUGGUGCUGCUGAACUGGUAGCUCUCACCGGUCAAGGAAUGUUGCACAGCGUUGGGUACAAUACGAUGCCUACGCCAAAAUAUUCCGAACAAGUUAUGCACCGUCUCGAGCCUAUUUCCUACAAAGCUCUCUGGGAACCACAGGCACUUUGCGACGGCUCGCUUUUGUUUACUAUUCAUGCUACUCUUACCACUCGAAAUCAGUGUACCUUAGUAGUCGUCGGAGUCUACCUCAAAACGUUGAUGUUACUCAGCGUGGCCCAGGGCCAGUUACUGGAAGUGCUAGAUCUCAAAACUGUUUUCGCAAGUGUAGACUCAACUGAUCCAUCCCAAGUGAUACUACGAAUAAAGCCAGAGCUUCCUCCACCACCACCCGAUUAUACGUCUUAUCCCAUAUCUAGUCGCACCUACCAGUUCGUGCAGGAAUCCACAAUGCAGCUCCCGAAUUUGUCUGCCUACAAUUUCCCUUCACUGGCAACAUCAUCACAAGGCAGGGUUCACCAAUCGAACCACAAUCGUCCCUUCAGGCCAGCUGCGGCAGGACUUGAGUCCGACUCAGUAGUGGUCUUAGAAGAGGAUUCCACGCGCAUCAUUGGUAGCAACAAUGGGGUUGUUGAUGUCUCCUUAACUCAGCAUGAGGAAGACGAUGUAGUUUGUGAGAAUCUUACCUUUCUCGAGGGCGACGUUCCCGUCAUCGAAGGUGACGAUAAUCGACCGGACGAUAACGAGCGCCGCCUGGUGCUAUACGUGGACGAAAGCUUGGGCCGCUAUCUAGUAAAGUAUAUCAAUUUGCUCAAAAAAGGUCUGCAGCCGGCCGAUACGGUUGCUUUCGUACCAUUUGGUAAGUAACAUUCCAAUCAUAUAGUCAUUUACCCAAAAUUCAAUGAAAAAAUCGAAAUAACAAUUAAUCAAAGGUGCUGGUUAUUAAUUUUUUAGAUUUGUUCAUAAAGGGGUUUGAAACUUUUAAAAAAAUUCUUUGAAUAAUCACUGCGCAAAAUUGUUUUCGGAACAGAAUAUAAAUUUUACCAUUAAAUGAAUUAUUAUUGCCAAUGUGUACUAUAAAAUUAUAGUCAAUUUAAAUUUUUAAAUUUUUUGCGUAAAUAAAUCUUUUAUACCGCUUUACGGGCAUGCAGUAUAUAUUCAAACACUUCUACAAUUAUACCCCUUUAGAACAAAGUUUUAUUCUUGUAACCUACAAACAUUAAUUCGAAUUAAUAGAGAUAGAUCAAUCAU